AUGGAAGCGAAGCAUUUAACGAAAGCGAAGCGUUUAAAUGGUGCUUUGAAAAAGAAUCCGUACAAUUUUCAACAUUUCAACGUGUCUACCAUUGAAAUAACCGUCAACGGAGAAGAAACGCCAUUUAAACCUUUGCAGCUUUCCUAUGGUGCAGCACCUAAAUAUAUCGAAGCAUUCAGCACCCUGUUUUCUGGCACGGGGGAAAAUGUACUACAACACAGGAAACAAUAUAUCUCGAGAAGAAUUCCCAAAGGCUACGCCGUGUACGCCUUUGACCUGACACCGGAUAUGUGUGGAGCUUCUCCUCAUUUUAAUGUGGUGCAGAAAGGAAAUUUUGCCAUUGAUAUCCAGUUCUCCGUGGCGUCUGCAAAUGCAGCGAGUCUCGUAUGCUACGGAGAGUUUGAGAAUACCAUUCACAUCGACUCCGAAAGAAACGUUGUCUACGAUUACUCUGGAUGA